AGAGAGAGAGAGAGAUGGAAUAAAAGCCGGGCAAAAUGGGUGAAGAGGGAGAUAAGGACAAAGACUUAAACCGAGUGAAUUGAGUUAACUUAGUUCAGGCAUUUCUCAACACAUUUCUUCGCCGUGUUCGCAAAGACAGCAGGAUCUUUCCAUGAAGAAGAGGACAUACAGCUCCUGGACGUCUGCUUUCUUCACUAAAGAUCCACGAGGACGUCAACCACAUUUUGGGAAAAUUCUAUAACUACUGCACAGCUGUCUCAAUCUCACCAUAUGCCUGUAAUACACACAGAGUGGUAGUUUCUUUAGAUCUCUCUUUCUUUCUACAGAGUUUUAGAGGUCAUAUCACACAGGAAACACACACACACACACUUGUUUUUCGAUCUGCCGAUGCUCACACACUGCUAGGAUGUGGUCCUGCAUAACAGACUUCUUCACCUAUGAAACCACCAAGUCGGUGGUGGUGAAGAGCUGGACCAUCGGCAUCAUCAACCGCGUCGUCCAACUUCUCAUCAUCACCUACUUCAUUGGGUGGGUCUUUGUUUAUGAAAAGGCCUAUCAGGUGAGAGACACAGCUAUUGAAUCCUCAGUGAUGACAAAGGUCAAAGGUUUUGGGAUCUACAAUGACAAGGUCAUGGAUGUUGCAGACUAUGUCACGCCGACACAGGGAGCUUCAGUCUUCUGCAUCAUCACAAAACUGAUCACCACUGAAAACCAAAUCCAGGGAUACUGUCCUGAGAGUGAGAAGAAGUACACUUGUACCCAAGACAGCGACUGCACUAGACACCUCAAUAAACCAGGAGGUUAUGGAAUUCUUACGGGGAAAUGUGUUCCUUUCAACGCCACCAUCAACAUGUGUCAGAUAAAAGGAUGGUGCCCGGCUGAGAUAGACACCAUCAAAACUACACCAAUGAUGGAAGUACAGAAUUUCACCAUUUUCAUCAAGAAUAGCAUCCGCUUCCCGACCUUCAACUACACCAAAGGGAACUUCCUUCCCACUAUCACGGGCGAAUACAUCCAAAAAUGUAACUUUGACAUGGUCAACAACACCUACUGCCCCAUUUUCAGAGUUGGAGACGUCGUCCGCUAUGCACAGCAGAACUUCACUAAACUGGCAGACAAGGGAGGAGUGAUUGGAAUAAAGAUUGGCUGGAUGUGUGAUCUGGACAAGUCAGAUGACCAGUGUAACCCCUCCUACUCGUUCACCCGCCUGGAUGCCAUGUCGCAGAAGAAUGCCGUCUCGCCAGGCUACAAUUUCAGGUUUGCCAAAUACUAUAAGACAGAGAACGGGACAGACUACCGCACUCUGGUGAAAGCCUAUGCUAUUAGGUUUGAUGUUUUGGUCAAUGGAAAUGCAGGGAAGUUCAACAUGAUCCCUACACUCAUCAACAUGGUGGCGGCGUUCACAUCAGUGGGAGUGGGAACGGUGCUGUGUGACAUCAUACUGCUGAACUUCCUGAAAGGAGCGGAGCAGUACAAGGCAAAAAAAUUUGAAGAGGUGUCGGACAGCCCGAUGGAAUCCCGCAGCAAUGAUUUUUACCGCUCCCAACUGUCCCUGAGACAUAACGAGACCCUCAUGAGGUCAAGUGACUCAGGGGCAUUUUCGAUUGAACAUUACAGCUAAACAGAGCGCCAGCCAGGGUUCAGAGAGGAGUGGACUGAGGAAAACACGUGGGAGUUGGGUUUCUCCAAAAAAAUUUAAUGUUCUACCUUUUUUUACUCAUUCAGGGCUCUAUUUAUAUAACACAAUACCUCAGUGUUAGCCACAAGUCUGUGUCAAUAUCAAAAAUCAUCUGAGGAACCUUGAACUGUUGCUAUGUUGCCCAAAAAUAUUUAAAAACAGCUUGUGUGGACUUUUUAGAUCCGGAUUUAUUAAACCGAAAGAAAACUUUUGUGUUCAAAACGGGAAUUAGACCUGGAAAAAGAUUUCAGGUUUGAGCUCGUUGCUCGUUUUGUACCUUGUAUUGAAACUUCUAUGAUGCAGACUUUGUGACAGAAAUAAAGACGUGUGGAAUGCACAGGGUUCACUUUCCUGGCCCUCUUAAAUAGCA